AUGGAGAACUGCACCAAAGAUGACAAUGUGCUGGAGAAGGGUAUCAUGCUGUUUCAGCAGAUCAUCUACAUCCCAGUGCUCUCUUUGGGGAUCCCACUGAACAUGAUUGCCUUCUGGGUUUUCUGCUGGAAACUCAAGAGGUGGACUGAGACCAGGGUGUACAUGAUCAACCUCAUGGUCGCAGACACUUUCCUGCUCUUUGCCCUGCCUUUCCAGUUAUAUUUUAAGAAAUAUAAUCAACCCAUGGACAAGCUGUGCUUAACUAUAAAGAACAUCUAUUUUACAAACAUGCCUAUGAGCAUCCUCAUCAUCACCCUGAUCGCGAUUGAUCGAUAUGUUGCAAUCAAGUUCCCUCUAAAAGCAAAGAUUCUUCGAUCCCCACUGAAAUCGGCUGCUAUCUGCAUGUUUCUUUGGAUAAUACUGAUACUUUAUUCCUACUUGCAUUCAAAAUUUCAUGGUAGAAAAGAAAAAUUCUGCUUUCAGAAGCAAUCUACUGAAGUUAAUUAUUCAUUGUUACUCUCCAUGACCUUUGGGUAUUUUAUUUCCUUAGGGAUUGUGAUUUUUUGCUCAAUACAAGUCAUCAAAUGUCUCAAAAAGAAGUUGGCCACGAGCCCUCAUGAGACAAAGUUAGUCCAGAAAGCAAUCCACAUUGUUUCUGUGAAUCUGUGUGUAUUCAUCAUAUGUUUUUCACCUUUCUACAUCACACUGGUCUUGCGGUUAGCAGUGGAUGUUGCUGGAGCUCAUUCCUUACUCUCGAAAGUUAGAGCCUCUAUAGAGAUCUGUUCAUGCUUGGUGAAUUCUAACUGCUGUUUGGAUGCAUUUUGCUAUUACUUUGCAGCCAAGGAAUUCCAGGAAUUUCCUUCUCUGUUCCCCACUUGCAUAACGAGGAGGUCCAACAUGAGCCAACACCAAGAGUCACAGCCACGCACAGAUCAAGUCAUGAUAUUAAACCACAUGACAUAA